AUGCGCCUGGCGCUGCUCUGGGCCCUGGGGCUCCUGGGCGCGGGCAGCCCACUGCCCUCCCGACCGCUCCCAGAUAUAGGUGUCACUGAGGAGACGCAGGCGAGGCCAGAGAGGGCCCAGAAAGGACCUCUGGAGCCCCGGAUCCUUUGGAACAACCUCACGCUCAGCCAAGCAGCGGUGCUUCAGACCAGUCUGCCUGAGGCUUUGCGGAUCAAACUGGAAUUGGAUGGUGAGAGUCAUAUCCUGGAGCUGCUGCAGAAUAGGGAGCUGGUCUCAGGCCGCCCAACCCUGGUGUGGUACCAGCCUGAUGGCACCCGGGUGGUCAGUGAGGGACAUACUCUGGAGAACUGCUGCUACGAGGGGAGAGUGCAUGGCCACGCCCACUCCUGGGUCUCUCUCUGCACCUGCUCUGGGCUCAGGGGCUUAGUGAUCCUGUCCCCAGAGAGAAGCUACUCCAUGGAGCUGGGGCCUGGGGAUCUUCAGGGUCCCCCAGUCAUCUCCCGGAUCCAAGACCUCCUGCUGCCACGCCACACUUGUGCCCUGAGCUGGCCUGCAUCUGUGCUCACACAGGCUCUACCGGAGCACCCCCUGGGACAGCGUCACACUCACCGGUGGAGGCGGGACGUGGUGACAGAGACCAAGAUUGUUGAGCUGGUGAUUGUGGCUGACCAUUCCGAGGUCCAGAGGCACCGGGACUUCCAGAGCCUACUGAACCGCACCCUGGAAGUGGCCUUCCUCCUAGACACAUUCUUCAGGCCUAUGAAUGUCCGGGUGGCACUAGUGGGCCUGGAGGCCUGGACCCAGCACGACCUGAUAGAGAUAAACCAGAACCCAGGUCUCACAUUAGACAGCUUCCUCCACUGGCGCCGGACAAACCUGCUGCCUCGGUUGCCCCACGACAGUGCCCAGCUGGUGACCGCCACUUCAUUCUCUGGGCCCACGGUUGGCAUGGCCAUUCAGAACUCCAUCUGUUCUCCUGAGUUUUCAGGAGGUGUGAACAUGGACCACUCCACGAGCAUCCUGGGAGUCGCCUCCUCAAUAGCCCACGAGCUGGGACACAGCCUGGGCCUGGGCCAUGACUCCCCUGGGAAUAGCUGCCCCUGUCCGGGUCCAGCCCCAGCCAAGAGCUGCAUCAUGGAGGCCUCCACAGACUUCCUGCCAGGCUUGAACUUCAGCAACUGCAGCCGACAGGCCCUGGAGAAAGCCCUCCUGGGUGGAAUGGGCAGCUGCCUCUUUGAACGGCUGUCUGAUCUGCCUUCUAUGGCCAGUGUCUGCGGAAAUAUGUUGGUGGAGCCCGGAGAGCAGUGUGACUGUGGCUUCCCAGAUGACUGCACUGAUCCCUGCUGUGACUACUUCACCUGUCAGCUGAGGCCAGGGGCCCAGUGCGCAUCUGAUGGACUCUGCUGUCACAAUUGCCAGCUGCGUCCAGCUGGCUGGAAGUGUCGCCCCACCAGAGGUGAAUGCGACUUACCGGAGUUCUGCCCCGGAGACAGCUCCCAGUGCCCCCCGGAUGUCAGCAUGGGGGACGGUGAGCCAUGUGCUGGUGGACAGGCUGUGUGCAUGCUAGGGCGUUGUGCCUCCUACGCCCAGCAGUGCCAGGCUCUCUGGGGGCCUGGGGCCAAGCCCGCCGCACCGCUCUGCCUCCUUGCUGCCAAUACUAGAGGGGACGCCUUUGGGAGCUGUGGGCGCAAUCCUGAUGGCAGUUAUGUGUCCUGUGCCCCUCGAGAUGCCAUGUGCGGGCAACUCCAGUGCCAGGGCGGGAGGGCCCAGCCUCUGCUGGGCUCAGCCCGGGAUCUUCGCUGGGAAAUGCUGGAAGCCAACGGGACCCAGCUGAAGUUGAACUGUAGCUGGGUACACCUGGACCUGGGCAACGACGUGGCCCAGCCCCUCUUGACUCUUCCUGGCACAGCCUGCGGCCCCGGCCUGGUGUGUGUUGAGCAGCGGUGCCAGUCAGUAGAGGUCCUGGGAGCACAGGAAUGUCGAAGGAGAUGCCAUGGGCAUGGGGUCUGCGACAGCAACAGACGCUGCCACUGUGAGGAUGGCUGGGCACCCCCAGACUGCACCACCCACAUCAGAGCAACCAGCUCCCUGACCACAGGGCUGCCCCUCAGCCUCCUGUUGUUGCUGGUCCUGGUGCUCCUUGGUGCCAGCUACUGGCAUCGUGCCCGCCUGCGCCAACGACUCUGCCAGCUCAAAGGACCCAGCUGCCAAUACAGGGCAGCCCAGUCUGGUCCCCCAGAACGCCCAGGACCCCCACAGAGGGCCCUGCUGAUGCCAGGUGCCAAGCAGGCUAGCGCUCUUGGCUUCCCGGCCCCUCCUUCCAGGCCGCUGCCUCCUGACCCUGUGCCCAAGAGACUCCAGGCUGAGCUGGCAGACCGACCCAAUCCCCCCACCCGCCCUCUGCCCGCUGACCCGGUGGUGAGGCGCCCAAAGCCACAGGGGCCCACCAAGCCCCCACCCCCGAGAAAGCCACUGCCUGCUGACCCUCACGGCCGGCGCCCUUCUGGUGACCUGCCUGGCCCUGGAGCUGGAAUCCCGCCCCCAGUGGUACCCUCCAGGCCUGCGCCGCCGCCCCCAGCAGCGUCCUCGCUCUACCUCUAA